UUUUAAUGAUCAGGUUUUCCAUUUGUUUGAGGGCAUAAGUGGAAGAAGUACACAGCAAUUUUGAAGUUGUUCCCGUCUUCCGAGUCAUCCUCCGUUGCCUUCUUGGGAAACGGGCAAAAAGACUCCUCCUCCAUCCGGUUUCAAAAAAGGGCUAGCUCUUCCUCCUUCCGACACCAAACUCAGCCUGCCAUCGAUCAAACCUGUGCGUCUCCAAUUCUCGAUACUGCUUCAGCCAUGGUUCAGAUCAAGGAAUUCCGAAUCGUCAUGCCUAUGUCGAUCGAGGAGUAUGAAAUAGGGCUCAGCUACACCAUCAUGAAGAUGGAGCAGCAGAAUACAAACGGCAAGGAGGGCGUGGAGGUGCUGCAGCAGGUCCCCUUUGAGGACGAGAAGCUAGGCGAGGGCCAAUUCACCUCAAAAGUUUAUCAUUUGCAAAGCAAAAUUCCGUCUUGGAUGAAGGGCUUUGCGUCUGCGAGUGCUCUCGCCGUGCACGAGAACUCCUGGUCAGCGUAUCCAAAGAGCAGAACAGUGAUCAAGUGUCCCCUUUUCAGCAAGUGUUCACUGACCAUCGACACCGUGAUCAGACCUGACAACGGCUGCUCUGAAAACGCGCAUGAUUUAACCGGUCAGCAGCUGGCCGCACGAGAGGUCGAGGUCGUCGACAUCGCGUCGGUAUCGCGGGACUACUGGAGCAAGGUGAUCACCGCUCCAAACGUCGACCUCACGACCUUCAGGUCCCAACGCACUGACCGGGGUCCCCUUCUCAAGGGAUGGAUGGAUUCUUGCCGUCCCGUGAUGACCAUAUACAAGCUGGUGACCAUGGAUGCUCCCAUCUGGGGUUUGGGCGAACGGCUCGAAGACUGCCUCAUCGCGGGGGAGAGGGCGCUGUUCCUGGCGUGCCACCGGCUGUGUUUCGCGUGGAUAGACGAGUGGCACGGCAUGACCAUGGAGCAAAUCCGGGAGAUGGAGAGGCACACCGAACUACUACUCAAAAAGACACUGAAGAAGUCUGGUAAGGCCGGGAGCAAGCACGAGGGCAAGAGGAAGACUCUCAAAGACGAGAUCGCGGUCGUGGGGAGCUGCAACUGAUGCUGGCCCGUUGUUGAUCACUUUGGCGCUGAAUGCCAACACCAAACACCAUGGUAGGGUGGGUUUAACCAACAUGCUAGCAGCAAUCUCAGAUUUAGAUUAGGCUUGCACCGACUAUGAUGAAGUUAACAUUUGUACAAUUGUGAAGAAAUUUCUGUAACGUGUGCUACUGUA